GAGAAUUCAAUAAUCAAUUUUAAUAAAGCUAUAGAAAACAGCAAUGGCCUUUAGUGAAGGUGAAGUUUGUAGAAUUUGUUUAAGCGUUAAUAUACGCAUGUUUGCACUAAAGGAGACUGGCCUCCAAAAUUUGUAUAAGACAUUGACGAACAGUUUUUUGGAUGAGACUGAGGGGCCAAUAAUUGUCUGUUUCACCUGUCAUGCAAGACUCAUUCGCUGCAGAAGAUUACAACAACAGGCUAUUGAGUCAAAUGUGGUUCUGGAGCAGUUGCUUUCAGGAGGAUCCAUGUCAAUACCAAAACCGCAUAAGGUUAGAGGUGAGAUUAAAUUCACGCCAAUUUAUCAUAUAGACAUCUGGUCUGUAGAGUGUGAUAUAGACAAUGAUUGCAAGGACGAAAUUUUUUGCCUUGAUGCCGUUAAAGUUGAGGAAGAGAUUUUCGAAUAUGAGAAUUCCAAAUUUGAAGAAAAUGAGAAGCAUGAAACAGAACCAUACAUCAUACCGACAAAUCAUUUUUCAAAAGCGUCUGAGAGCAAGAUUAAAUCUAAUUCUACUGAUUGUAACAUUAACGAUGUUCGUAAAGGAAACCUUGAUUUAGAAAGCCCUACUAUUAAAUCAAAGCCUAAAGUCAAAAAAGAUAAUCAACCAAUUAAUAAAAAAGGAAAGCAUCCUGCAAAUAUUAUGAGAAAGAAAAUAUUGAAACAAAAGAGUGUAAAUAUACUUACGAAAAAACCGUCAGGGGCAUCAACAAAAUACAUUUUUGAAUGUUAUAGUUGUAGCAAAAAAUUUUCAACAAAAGACAUUCUCGCCAAACACAUUUCAUACAGUCAUAAGACGCAAAAGAACCAAAAGAACACCACUGCAGUUCGGACACAAGUUGAACAAACUCCAGUACCACAAGUAACGAAAAUAUUUAAUUGUGAUAUUUGCGAAUUUAAAACAACUCAAAAAGGUCGCAUUUUGGCACAUCUUAAAGCGCACGUCGCUGAACAAGUGUACUGUUGUAAUAAUUGUGAUUAUAAAUGUAUUAGAAAAGAUCAUUUGCAGAGACAUAUGAAAAUACAUACUGGAGAAAAACCUUUUUCAUGUAAUAUCUGUGAAUAUAAAUGUAUAGAAAAAAGUUAUUUGCAAAGGCAUAUGAAAAAACAUACUGGAGAAAAACCUUUUUCGUGUCAUAUCUGUGGAUAUAAAUGUAUUGAUAAAAGUAAUUUGUGGUAUCAUAUGAAAAUUCAUACUGGAGAAAAACCUUUUUCGUGUCAUAUCUGUAAAUAUCAAUGUAUUCAAAAAAGUAGUUUGCAAUCACAUAUGAAAAUACAUACUGGAGAAAAACCUUUUUCGUGUCAUAUGUGUAAAUAUCAGUGCAUUCAAAAAAGUGAUUUGCAAACACAUAUGAAAAUACAUACUGGAGAAAAACCUUUUUCGUGUCACAUCUGUAAAUAUCAAUGCAUUCGAAAAAGUCAAUUGCAAUCACAUAUAAAAAUACAUACUGGAGAAAAACCUUUUUCAUGUAAUAUCUGUGAAUAUAAAUGUAUAGAGAAAAGUAGUUUGCAAAGGCAUAUGAAAAUACAUACUGGAGAAAAACCUUUUUCGUGUCAUAUCUGUGAAUAUAAAUGUAUAGAGAAAAGUAGUUUGCAAAGGCAUAUGAAAAUACAUACUGGAGAAAAACCUUUUUCUUGUCAUAUGUGUAAAUAUCAGUGUAUUCAAAAAAGUAGUUUGCAAACACAUAUGAAAAUACAUACUGGAGAAAAACCUUUUUCGUGUCAUAUCUGUAAAUAUCAAUGUAUUCACAAAAGUAGUUUGCAAACACAUAUGAAAAUACAUACUGGAGAAAAACCUUUUUCGUGUCAUAUCUGUAAAUAUCAAUGUAUUCGAAAAAGUAAUUUGCAAGCACAUAUGAAAAUACAUACUGGAGAAAAACCUUUUUCGUGUCAUAUCUGUAAAUAUCAAUGUAUUCGAAAAAGUCAUUUGCAAAGGCAUAUGAAAACACACACUUGAGCAGAACCUUUUUUGUGAGAGAUCUGGUAAAAUAUGUACAAUAUUAUGUAAACGUAUUUUAUAUAAAUAUAAAAGUAUACUAGAUAAAAAUCCAUUUGUCAUGAGUUCCUUAUGUAACUGUAGAACGAGUAGAAAAACCUUUCCGUGUCAUAUGUGCUAAUUGAAACUGCAUUUAUUCUGAAGAAGCUAAUUCAAAAACCAAAGAAGCAACCAAGUGAAAUCUAACCUUGAAAUAUGUACCGAGUGGUUAGUGGAAACAGACCGGACCUUCAUGUUUUUUUUUUAAAUUUUAUUUAAAUCA